GAUUUGGAUUUUCCGUUAACUGUACGGAUUUCGAGUCUUGAAGGAACUCGCGAAAAAAAGCCUUUUACAGCUUUACUUCAAGAUCCUUCCCUCAACCAUACUGGUGUACAAACAAGUGAUUUCUCGGAUUUAUACGUGAACUGUCAAAUUUACGCGGAUAAUAAGCCGCUUACUAUUCCAGUAAGGACUUCAUACAAGUCAUUCAAGAACCAUUGGAGGUUGGAAUCAGAUUACAGUUUUCCAAUAUUCUGGAACGAAUGGCUCACAAUUCCUUUAAAAUUCCGAGAUCUUCCUGUAACCUCUCAGUUAGCUUUAACCGUAUACGACGUAUAUGGUCCACGUAAAGCAGUUCCGAUAGGCGGCACGACCUUUCGACUUUUCGGAAAGUACAAUACUCUAAGAAGGGGAAAACAUAAGUGCUAUCUAUGGCCAAACGUCGAAGCCGACGGUCGUGAGCACACUACCACCCCUAGUAAAGUGGGUGAUAAAAAUGAAAUGGAUCGAUUGGAAAAAUUGGUCAAACGAUAUGAGAGGAAUGAUAUGGCUAAGCUAGAGUGGCUCGACAAUCUUGCUUUCCGGCAGAUAGAGAAAAUUCAUAAACAAGAGUCAUCAAAGUCAAAAAAUUUAUAUUUGUAUAUUGAUUUGCAUAAAUUUGACUUUCCGCUUGUGUUUAGCGAACCGGAAUAUCAUUUACCCUUACCCACAUUACCCACAACGGCUAGUGGGAUACAAUCUGGCACAAUUGCGCCUACAGGAGAUGCUAGCAUAGUAUUCAUUGUUGAUCCAGAAAUCAACAGGGAAAAUCCUGUAGAAGUCAAACAUAGACGUUUGGUGAGAAGUCACCGGAAUGGACCUUUGGAUCGUGAUCUGAAACCAGACGCAAAGAUUAGGGAUGAAUUAAAUGGAAUUUUGAAAUACCCACCAACACAACCUCUGAGUUCAGAAGAAAAGGAUUUGCUAUGGAAAUUCCGAUUUUACUUGACACGUGACAAGAAAGCACUUACUAAAUUCCUCAAGUGUGUCGAGUGGACUGAUCCAACAGAGGAGAAACAGGCUGUCGAAUUGUUAUCAAAAUGGGCAGACAUUGAUCUAGAUGAUGCACUUGAGUUGUUGAGCGCUAAUUUUGAGAACCGUUCCGUUCGAAGAUAUGCCGUUAGUCAACUACGAAAAGCCGAUGAUGAAGAACUUUUGUUAUAUUUACUACAACUCGUUCAGGCCUUAAAGUUCGAAAAUAUUAGCGAUAAAUCAAGUUCGAGCUUGGCUGAAUUUUUAAUCGAGAGAGCUGUAAAAAAUCAAAUUUUGGGAAACAACUUUUAUUGGUAUCUUAUGGUUGAAUUCGAAGAUAAAAUCGUUGGUAAAAUGUACGGUAAAGUAGCUUAUCAGUACAUGAAUGCCAUGACAAAGGCACCGUCUGGAAAUCAGCGAGAAUUACUUCGUCGUCAGGGUGAAUUGGUUGCUGCACUCUCGUCGAUUUCUAAAGAGAUACGUACAAUGAAGGACACGAGACCUAAAAAAGUAAUAUCCAG